AGCAUUGAUGACAUUCAGCUUUAGAAGGACGAAGAAAUAGAAAUUGAAAUGCAUUGAUUGAAACAUCCGUUGUACUAGAAGUAUUUCCGGGCGGCGGUGGUCAGAAAAUAUUUCGACUAAAAUGGCGGCGAAGAAGCGAAAACGGAGCAAGCACAUGCAACAGCAUCUGCAAAAAGUGUCUAUGCAACAGCAGCAGGUGCAGGACAAGGACAACGCUGAGAAGAACCAGACACGCGGCGGCCAUGAUGAUCUCCAGUCGAAUCAUGUGGAAGCACCAGCCGCGCGACCAAGCGGCCAAGAACGUCCUAGCUCGUCAACGAGCUCGUCGCAGCAAAAGAACUACAAGGGUCUUCACGAAGUAGAUGAGCAUCAAGUUCUUGAAGGUGAACGCAGACGGGCGAAAAAACGAAAAGUUUCGAAGAAAAAUGUGAUCGUGGUGGCCGAACAGCCUCAGCUGCUUGGUGCCGAGACAACGAUAGUAGACACCCCGGCGCCAGGACUAAAGGAUGAACCUUCAUCAUUACCAUCUACCAACAUAGUCGUGUCCCAGCACGAUAUUUCUGCAGAUUCAGAGUCAGAGCCUGAAGAAGAGACGAACCAUGACUACUGCCGCACAUGGAGUAACGCGCUAAGGACAUCAAGUUGCUCUGCAGUAUCAAGAAAUAAACAUUUGACAACAUCAAAAAAUAUCGAAGUACCGACCACGACGACCUCCGGAGACCAGCUAGUGCCAUUAACCUCUGUUGUAGACGGAAAAAAUGAUUUCACCCACUUCCGGUCCCUUUGCGAGGCGGUUUUCCACCAUAACAAGCAGAGCUACUGGAAGCCGCGGGAUAGCGAGCCGGCGAAUAUCUUCGAAAAACUCGCAGACGAGAUCUAUGAUUUUCACAUGUUACGACCAGCACGUAGGUGGACGAACACGAGCUGUGCAAAAUCUGAAGAAGAUGUUACAACAACGAACGUCAUCAAGCCGGUAACCCGCGGUGGCGCCGAGUGGUGGGUGCAGGUACGCGAUGAUAGACACAGUGCGCAACAAGCAAGCGGUGUUCCACCUCCGUCUUACAGUUACAACCAGGGAGCAUCUUCAAAGCAAAAACAGACCAACACCACCACCACCUCCCCUUCACUUGGGUUCCAUUGGGACCAAGAUUACGGCACAGCGGAGUGUCCCUUUCUCGGUACGGUGACCUAUCUCGACAACGUAGGCGCGCCUACAGUAGUGCUGGACUACCCGAAAGAUAACGAAGUGGAUGAGGAAGUACAAGAUGGAAGUCGUGGUGGCGCACCUCCACCGCCCUCAAACAUCGGCAAUAAUCAGCGAAAAAAUAAAACGAUGAAGAAGAAAAACAGGAGCAAAAGCGCUAGUACAAGAACGAACACAAAGCGUGUGAUCGAAACCGGGUUUGUCAGCCACCCGGAAGCCGGGAAGCAUUUGGCGUUUCAGGGAAAUUUGUUGCACGGCGUUCCAGAGCAGUUACAGAAAACGACGACACGACCGGGCCUUGUUCAUAGAAAUUCUGUACCAGUAUCUCAAUCCAGAAAGCGCAUCACGUUCUUAGUGAACCUCUGGCCCGAGAAGGAUAGCAUCACCGAUGUUCCCAAGUUUGACGUGUCAAAGCAUUUUCCGGCAGUAAGAGAGGAGGAGCUGAGGCUGACGCUGAGCGGAGAUACAGUGGCUGCUGGAGGUUUUGCUGAUGACACAGCAGGUAAUAUCGGAACAGCUGCAUCCUCCACCUCUUGUCAAGCCCUGCGCUUUGCGUUCAGCAUGAGCAAUAAAAGUGGAGGGCAACAAGAACUACACUGCAAAGGCGCUAGUCGUGGUGCAAUAAAGCCUGACACUCCGGAGGAAGUCAUCACCGACCGAGGGACCCCUGUUUGCGGGCUGACGUUUGAUAACGGGGAGGAAGAGCAGUACGAACUUUGGUUGCCGGUUCCAUCGAUGGGAAGCUCUUCAUCUACACGACCUUCGCGCAUCAAGCACCAGAAGCAGAAGAGCAAGUCUCUUCUUGUAGCAUCUUCACAGGCAGCUACUUCUCGGCCCCAGCAAGAACUGCCGUCAACACAGAAAGUGUAUUUUCAGGGUGGAGCGCAAGCACCAUGCUACGUGCUGCGGAGAUAGAAGAGCUGGUGCCCCGCUCUAAUGGCAAAGUAGGAAGCCGACUCAGAUUGAAGUGGAUCUACUGCCCGAUUGAGAUGAACAUGAAGUUAUAAACCUAUGCUGAUGUUCAUGUUGUAGUUGUUGAACUUGAACUAUGUAGCCAGCGACGCUGUCGUGCUGUGAAAUCGAAGACUGUUUUGCAGUGGAGCGACAAGUAAAUAACUGCUCACGACAAGCGACAUGGAACAUAUCAAAAUUCUGCUCGGACAUGUGCCCUUGAUCGCGAGGCGCGGCCUCGCAGAGGCGAC